CUCUCCAGCUUGGUUCUGUUCCGGGUGCUUGGGUCUCUUCUCAGAGGGGUCAGAAUAGCAACUCAGUGGCCACCCGGCCUUGGAGACAAGCGCACGCCCCGCCCUUUCUCCUCCCUAGACCUGCGGGCUUUUGUUAUGCAGAUGGCGGCGGGAGGCUGAGCCACAGAAGGAGGGGUUGCUGGGGAAGGAGGAGACCGCGAAGGGGAGGGAGGAAAGUACAGCUCGCGCGACCAGCCUCCUCUUCCAACGUCACAUUGUGCAAGAGACAAAACCCGGGCGCGCUGGAGCUCACACGCGCACGCACGGCAGACGCCCCGGUCGCCUCCUCUCUGUUCUCUGCGCGGUAGAGAAAGCCGGCCCAGCUCUGCUUUGCUGAGGACGCGGAGCUCAGCCGGCGGCUCCCAGCGCUGCUCAGAGCCAAGCCAGGAGGUGAACCCAGCCGAGGGACCACCUUCAAUCUCCGCUGCCUGGCCAGCCCGAGACCUCCGUCCCAUUCUAUCCCAUCCCCCGCCCAGAACUCUGAUCUCUUCCCACCCCACCCCUUGGGGUUUCGCGCGGACAGCGCCCCGGGGAACCCAGGGCGUGUCAACGGGUUUGGAAUCCACAUUUCAGCACUUCGGACAGCGCCCCGGUCUCCGGGACUCCUUGGGCUUUUCGGGAUGGCGAGCCUGCAGCAGGGCGAGAAACAGCUGUUUGAGAAGUUCUGGAAAGGGACCUUCAAAGCGGUGGCCACUCCACGUCCCGAGAGCAUCAUCGUUGCCAGUAUCACAGCCCGAAAGCCACUGCCAAGGACAGAGCCCCAAAGCAGUCUCUUGGUCCCAGCCCAGGAUGGACCUUCAGAGAAGCUGGGCCAACAUCUGGCCACUGAGACCUUUGGUACCAACAGCUGGGGAAGAGAGACGACCUGCCGGGAGCUGGGUCCUGCCAGAGCACACAGUGCCUCUCAAGACAGGGACCUGACACCACCGCCUUCCUCCAGGGGGAAAAAGAAAAAGAAGAAAUCGACCAGAAAGAAGAGAAGGAGGUCCCCAUCCUACAGCCCAUCGCCAGUCAAGAAGAAGAAGAAGAAAAGCUCCAAGAAGCAUAAGAGACACAGGUCUUUUUCCAAGAAGAGGAGACACAGCUCCUGUAGCCCUAAAAGCAAACGACGGGAAGAGAAGAAGCACAAAAAACAAUCUCGAAGCCGGAAGUCUCACCGCCAUAGACACCACCGCUGCCCCUCGAGGUCUCAGAGCUCGGAACUGCGCUCCUCCAGCUGCGAGAGCAGGCACCGAGGUCGGUCUCCUGAGGAAGGGCGGAAAUCCCGCCGAACACACUCCCGCCACUGCUCCAAGAACCACUGCAAGGUCAGCCCAGAGGCCCGGUCCAGCCACCUGCCCAGCCAGCCCCUCCAGAGGCUUGGCUUCCUGUCUGCCAGGGGUGUAAUCUCUGGGUCGGGGUCUGCGGCUGACCUCUUUAGCAAAUCAGCCAGCCCGCUCACCGCCUCCUCCCGAGGGCGCUCGCAGGAGUACGACUCGGGCCAUGACACGUCCUCGCCGCCCUCCACGCAAACCAGCUCAGCCAGGUCCCGGGGCCAGGAGAAGGGGAGCCCCGGUGGGGGUCUGAGCAAGAGUCGGGACCUCAACUGUGGCAAUACUUCCGAUUCAGGGAACUCCUUCACCACCUCCUCCCCGCAGAACAAGGGGGCUGUUUUGGAGAACGUCUCUCCUACCUGCAGGAGCAGUGAGUCAAGAGGAUUUCAGUCUCCAUGUCUACAGUGUGCUGAGGUGAAGAAGUCAAGUUUGGCCCCAUCCACAGCCCGGAGCUCCCCCAUCAAAGAGUGCUCCCGUAGCUCCUCCUACACCAGCACUCGAUCCUCCAGUCCCUCUUCCCGGUCCCCAAACCACAGAGCCUCCCCUAGGUACACCCGGAGCCGGUCCACUUCCUCCGAAAAGAGGUCCUACUCUCGCUCUCCCAGCUAUUCCUCCAAGUCUGGCAAGAGGAGCCCGCCUAGCAGAAGCUCUAGGUCUCGUCGUAGUCCCAGCUAUUCCCGCUACAGCCCCACCAGGGACCCCAAGUAUGGUGAGAAGGAAUUGCAGCCCCGAGAGCGUGCACGCAGGCGGCGAAGGUCCUACUCACCCAUGAGGAAGCGCCGGAGAGACUCCCCAAGCCACCUGGAGGCUCGAAGGAUAACCAGUGCCCGCAAACGCCCCAUCCCUUACUACCGACCCAGCCCCUCCUCAUCCAGCAGCCUCAGCAGCGCCUCCUCCUGGUACAGCAGCAGCAGCAGCCGCUCGGCCAGCCGCAGUUACUCCCGGAGCCGGAGUCCCAGCCGGAGCCGCAGCAGGAGCCAGACCCGGAGCCGGACGCGGACCAGCCGCAGCUCUAGCUCCCGCAGCCUCAGCGUGGGCUCCCGGAGCCGCAGUCGGAGUCGGAGCCUGAGUUACAGCUCGGCAGAAAGCUAUGCCAGCACGAGGCGCUAAGCAAGGGCCCUCCCUCGCCACUGCCCACCGGGAAGACCCCUCUGUACUCUGCCAGUCUCCUUUACUACCUGCUCU